UCUCACGGCUGCAGCUCGGAGCAGCAUCAGGUCCGGGUCAGGAUUCUUAUUUUUUUUGACGUUUACUGCAGGAGGAUCAAAUCUCAAGAAAAAUGGCUUUUAUGGCACUUCUUUUUCCGGUUCUGAUCGCGGGUACAGCAGUGUUUGGAUUAGAUGCUGAUUUACAGAUUGAUCUGAUCAGAGAGUUGGAUUUGGCCAAUGCUACACAUGGAAUAAACCCAACUGCAGGUUUUCACAACAGCAGCCAAGCCUUUCUCUUUCGAGAUGCACAAAGAAAUGUUCAGGUUCCCACCCAAAUCACAGAAAAACUAUUGGAGUUGCUCAGGAAUAAAAAGGAGUUCACAUUCAUGGCUUACAUCCAGCAGAAGGCAUCCACAUCUGGAGUUCUCUUCUCAAUCCACAAGUCUGAGUUCAGCUACUUUGAACUGGAGAGUAGUGGACUUCGGGAGGAGAUUCGCUACAAAUAUCGUCACAAAGGAAAGCAGCAAUCAGAGACUUUCCCAUAUAGACUAGCUGAUGGACAAUGGCAUAAAAUUGCUUUGUCUAUUAGCACCAGUCAUUUACUGCUUCACGUCGACUGUAACAGGAUAUAUGAGAGAGAGAUAGACCAUUCUGAGAUGGAUUUAACUGCAGAAACUGGGAUUUGGCUUGGACAGCACAGCCACAGACACGGACUCUUCAAGGGCUCAAUGCAGGAUGUCAAAUUUGUUUUUUCUUCAAACGGCUACAUUAUGCAGUGUCCCAGCCUCAAUCGCACAUGUCCAACGUGCAGUGAUUUUCUCAGCCUUGUGCAGGGAAUAAUGGAUCUGCAGGAGCUUUUGGCUAAAAUGACAUUGAAGUUGAACUAUGCUGAAUCCAGACUGAGUCAGUUGGAAAGUUGUCACUGUGAGAGGACAUGCAGUGUGAACGAUGAGGUAUAUCGGGAUAAAGAACUCUGGACUGAACCAGAAAACUGCAGAACCUGCACUUGCACAAACGGUGCGGUUGAGUGUCGGAGAAUAUUUUGCCCUCCUGUGAACUGCUCUGAGGAUUCUCUACCUGUUCAUGUGGAUGGGACCUGCUGUAAGAAAUGCAGAUCUAAAUGCACCUACCUGGGCCAAACACUUUCAGAGGGUCAGCGUGUUCUCCUACAGAGCUGCAAAGUGUGCAGGAACGGUGUGAUGGAGUUGGUGAAUGAAAGCUGCCCAAGUCUGAACUGCACAAUAAAUGACCAGCUUUUGCCAGAGAACAGAUGCUGCAACGUCUGCAGAGGUCAUGAUUUCUGCGCAGAGGGGGUUCUCUGUGGAGAAAACUCUGUUUGCAAAAAUCGGAAUAACAAAGCAGAGUGCGAAUGCAAGAGUGGCUACAUGUCUAUACACGGAGAUUCAACCUACUGUGAAGAUAUCGAUGAGUGUUCCACACAGAUGCACUACUGCCAGGCCAACACUAUGUGUGUUAAUUUACCUGGAGGACAUCGAUGCGAUUGCCUUCCUGGAUUCUCCAGAGUAGAUGACUUCUCCUGCACAGAGCGUGACGAGUGUGUGAGUGGUCAGAGCUUAUGUGAUGAGAACGCCAUCUGCACUAACACCAUCCACGGCCACCUGUGCACCUGCAAGCCAGGAUUCAUGGGUAACGGCACCAUCUGUACAGCAUUUUGUAAGGACCCCUGCCUCAAUGGAGGAACUUGUGAAGCUCCAAACACAUGUGUGUGUGCUUCAGGCUUUACUGGACACCUUUGUGAGACAGAUGUUGAUGAGUGUGUAGAAGGUUUUGCUCAGUGCCACACACACUCUCUAUGUGCCAAUCUGCCCGGAUGGUACCACUGUCAGUGUCGGAGCGGUUACCAUGACGAUGGCUCUCACCUGCCCGACGGCAGCUCCUGCGUGGAUAUUGAUGAGUGUGUCACGCACACACACACCUGCUGGAACGACUCGGUGUGUGUGAACCUGCCAGGAACCUUUGACUGCGUGUGCGUUAACGGCCCAGAAUGCACUGGGGACUGCGUACAAGUUGAAGAGCUAAAACACAAUGGACAAGAGUGGAUGCUUCAUCAUGAUCAUUGCACUGUGUGCACCUGUAAGGACGGGAGAGUGUUCUGCAGACGGAGAGUGUGUGACUGCGCCGCUCCUGACCUCGAUCUGUCCUGCUGUUCGGAGUGUGACAUGCACCAGGGCAGUCAGUGUAUCCAUCAGAACGGACACACACUUUACCGCAGCGGAGAAUCCUGGAUCUAUAAUUGCCAGCAAUGUCAAUGCCUGGGGGGAGAGGUGGAGUGUGUAUCUCUCUCAUGUCCCAUCCUGCUGUGUAAUCAUUCGACCGUACUGGAGGGAGAGUGUUGCCGUCGCUGCAUUUCUGACCCCUGUGCAGACGACAUAGUGACCUCUGACCCAAAGCAGACAUGCCGCGAUCCUGAUGACAUCACGCGCCUCAGCGGCGACCUUUGGAGUGAUCCCAAUACACCAUGCACCACCUGCACAUGCAAGAAUGGGAAAAUCUGCUGCUCUGUAGAUUUGGACUGCAUCAAGAACGAUUAAACAUGUCACCUUUUCAUCGCCUAGCUUUUUUUUCCCCCCUCUUGCUCAUGGACCGGACCAAAUUUUCAGAAGUCUUGCAAGAAAUAUAUAUUGAAAUAAAACGUUUCUCUCCUUCUGGAUCCCGCCUGUGGCCCUGGCAUUCACGUGCUGUAUAACGCCAUUCCGGGUUUAUGGCUUCUUCACAGCAGCAUUUACAAAAUACAACAUGCAAUACUGUACACAUUAUUGUUUUUCCCUGGACGACCCUAAAACAUUUAGGAUAGUUUUUCUCCCUUUAGUGUUGCUGUAGUUUCAUUGUUUCCUAAGCUCAGAGUCAUAAUCCAUUAGUAUGUGUGUGUGUGUGUGUGUGUGUGUGUGUGUGUGUGUAUGUAUGAUUCAUUAAUUCAAUGAAAUUCAACACAGUUUUUAUAUGUAUAUGUAAUGUAUAAAUUAUUAUUUGUGCAUUUGCCAGCUUGUAAUGUGUCAAAACACUUUACACUAUUUAACCUGUCAACAUUAUAAAAUAAAUAAAUAAAUAAAAGCUUGGGACAAUGUAACUUUUUUUCCUCUUGCAUGUUCCUCCUUGGUUUCAUUUGCAAAGUUUCAUUCCCACCCCAUAUAUAUUUGUUAUUUUCCCCACUGUUUGGGAUUUCUGAAGCACACGAGACUGUUGCUGAAUUUUUCAGGACACUCAGUGAUUUAAGAGAAUAUUAACCCAGGAGACACAUUCUUUCCCAAUCUUAAAAUU